AUGGAUAGCACCGUCCACGAUGAAAUUGAAGACUGUAGUGCAAAACUUACCGUCGAAGGUUGGUUGAAGCGUGUAGAACGUCGAAGACAACUUGCCUGCACAUCCGACUACGAUUUUACCAGCGAUCAACAGAUGAACGAUGAGAUGGUCGCAAAACGUGGCUCCUGGACAGGGCGUUACGAUUUUCUCCUCUCGCUGUUGGGCUAUUCGGUGGGGCUAGGCAAUGUUUGGCGUUUUCCCUACCUGUGCUAUAGCAAUGGAGGAGGUGCUUUCCUAAUACCUUUCGCCGUGAUGCUGGUGAUAGCCGGUCUUCCACUAAUGUUCAUGGAGCUUUCCCUGGCGCAGUACGUGGGAUUGGGUCCGGCGAUACUCUUUAAACGUCUUGCCCCAUUGUCAGAAGGUGUAGGAUACGGUAUGAUCCUGGUGUCGGGAAUGGUAAUGCUAUACUAUAAUGUAAUUAUCGCCUGGACCGUGUUCUACAUGGUGGUGUCGUUUGAGGUACCGCUGCCAUGGCGAGGCUGUCAGCAAGAGUGGGCUACGGCAAACUGUUUUUCGUAUGAAGAGGAAGAUGAUUGCCUAGCCACCAAUGGGUCGUACUAUAAAACUUCUUGCUUGUCCUUGGAACAAUAUCGGUUGAUCAAUGCUACUGUCCGUACUCCACGAAAACCACCAGCGGAGGAAUUCUUCAAAAAUUAUUUUCUCCAACUAUCGUCCGGCAUCGAGGAGACUGGCAUGAUAAACCAACGGCUUGCUAUCUGCCUGCUAGCCGCUUGGGGAAUUGUUUUCCUCUGCCUUUCCCGCGGUGUCAAGAGUUCCGGCAAGGUCGUCUACUUCACCGCCCUCUUCCCGUACGUGGUGUUGGCGGCACUUUUCAUCCGGGGUCUUACACUGCCCGGUGCUUACGAUGGCAUUAUGUACUACGUGCGACCCGACUGGGACAAGCUGCGCACCGCUCAGCUAUGGGGAGACGCCGCCGUGCAGAUAUUCUUUGCCCUUAGCCCUGCCUGGGGCGGGCUGUUGACUCUGGCCUCGUACAAUCGGUUUGACAACAAUUGCUACCGGGACGCGAUCGUGGUGUCCAUUUCGAACAUACUGACCUCGUUCUUUGCCGGCUUCGUAAUAUUCGCUAUCAUAGGCUUUUUGGCACACGAGCUAGACACCGGGGUGGAUAGCGUUAUCGAUCAGGGCGCUGGUUUGGCGUUCGUUGUAUUUCCCGAGCUCGUCGGCAAGCUGCAGAUGCCUCGGCUGUGGUCGGUGCUGUUCUUCUUCAUGCUGCUUACUCUCGGUCUAGACUCUCAAUUUACGCUGAUGGAAACGGUCGUGACGGCCGUGCUGGACACGUUUCCUGCGCUACGUCGAAGGAAGAUAGCCGUCGUAGCUGGUGUCAGUAUCGUCGGAUAUCUCGGUGGAUUAAUCUUUGUCACAAACGGCGGGAUGUACUGGUUCCAACUGUUUGACAAGUAUGCUGCAAAUUGGUCCGUACUGCUGAUAGCUAUCACAGAGUGCGUUCUGGUCGGGUGGAUAUACGGCGCUGAACGGUUCAUCUGCAACAUAGAGGAAAUGCUGGGCAAACGGUCGAAAUGGUUUCACCGAUUUUGGGUGACGGUUUGGAAGUACAUCACUCCCGCAAUGUUAUUGUUUAUACUUUGUUUCAACUGGCUGCAGUACAAACCUGUGUCGUAUGGACGGUACAUCUAUCCGGGCUGGGCCGACUUGUUCGGGUGGAUAAUUGCACUGGCACCGUUUGGAAUUGUGAUUUUGUUUGCAUUAAGGAAAAUCUGCAUCAAUCCCGAACGCUUCAAAGGGCAGUUAUUUCGAAAGCUGAUGCAGCCCACUAUGGAUUGGAAACCGUCGCAGCCUCGCUUGGCUUCAGAAAUGGCAUAUGCAAACAGUAGCGGAAUAGAACUAUAA